AUGUUAGCCGCCAGCUGUCUGCUGUCCCAAGACCAGUUUCUGUGCUCCAUCUGCCUGGAUGUGUUCACUUCCCCCGUCACCAUACCCUGUGGACACAACUUCUGCAAAAGUUGCAUCACUGCAGACUGGAGGAUCAACAGGAAAUGCAAGUGCCCUUGUUGUAAGAGGCUUUUUGACUUGAUACCUGAGCUUCAUGUCAAUAUCUUUAUAGCUGAAAUGGCUGCUCAGUUCAAACAAGCAGCGGUAAAGGACGUCUCAGAGAUCGCCAAACCAGGAGAGGUUUCCUGUGACUUCUGUACCGGGGUCAGACUGAAAGCCCUGAAGUCCUGUCUGGUGUGUCAGGCCUCGUACUGUGAGAUUCACCUACAGCGGCAUCAGAAAGUGUCAGGAUUGUUAAGACAUAAGCUUGUUGUGCCGCUGGAUAACCUUGAAGACAGAAUAUGUUCAAAGCAUGGUGAACUCAAGGAGCUGUACUGCAAGACGGACCAGAUAUGUUUGUGUCAUUUUUGUUCAGAGACAGACCAUGAGUCCCAUGAUGUUGUUCCUCUGAUGGAAGCGAGCAAAGGAAAGAAGGCAGAGCUGGGGAAAAUGAAGGUGGAGAUUCAUGAGAUGGUGCAGGAGCGAAAGCUGAAGAUACAAGAGCUCAGACAGUCAGAGAAGCUCAGCAGGGAAGCUGCAGACAGACAGAUAGCAGACGGCUUGCAGAUCUUCACUGCUCUGACACAGUUUGUGGAGACAGGUAUGAGUGAGUUAACUGAACAGAUCACACAGAAGCAGAAAACAACAGCUGAACAAGCAGAGGACUUCAUCACAGAGCUGACUCAGGAGAUCUCUGAGUUGGUGAACAGAAAUGUGGAGGUGGAGCAGCUCUCAUGCUCAGAGGACCACCUCAGACUCCUCCAAAGUUUGUCACCCCUGAAGGCCUCAUUACCCACCAAGAAUUGGACAGAUAUCAGCCUCCGUCAGCCUUCAUAUGAAGGAACUGUGGCAAGAGCUUUGGCUCAGCUGAAGGAAUCACUCAGCCAAAGGGUGGAGGAGCUUCUUAAAGCCGAACUGAAGAGAGUGCAGCAGUAUGCAGUGGAUGUGACUCUUGAUCCUGACACAGCACAUCCUAAACUUAUUCUGUCUGAUGAUGGAAAACAAGUGAACCACAGCAAUGUUGUGAGGAAUCUCCCAGACAAUCCAGAGAGAUUUUCAUUCUGUGUGGUUGUACUGGCGAACCAGAGUUUCUCCACUGGAAGGUCCUACUAUGAGGUGGAGGUUAAAGGGAAAACAAAGUGGGAUUUAGGAGUCAUCAGUGUGUCAGCCAACAGGAAAGGACAGGUCAUAUCAUGUCCUGAAGCUGGUUACUGGACUCUGCAGCUGAGGAAUGGAAAUGAGUACGUCGCUCUAGCUGACCCCGAUGUCCUCCUCUCCGUGAAGUCUCAGCCUCAGAGGGUGGGCGUGUUCGUCGAUUACGAGGAGGGGCUGGUCUCUUUUUAUAAUGUUGAUUCUGCAGAUAUUAUAUUCUCCUUCACUGGCUGCUUCUUCACUGAAAACCUCUGCCCGUUCUUCAGCCCCUGUUUUAAUGAUGGUGGUGGCAACUCUGCACCUCUGAGGAUCUCUGUUGUUCAUGAAACCUGA